AUGAAGCCGUAUAAAAGUGAAAGUAUUCAAAGAUUUUCUUGUUGCAAAUACUGCGAAGAGCUAGAAGUUUCAAAAAAAGUUGGAAUUGUAAACGAUAAAAAUAUCGCAGAUUUCAUCGGUGUUAUAGAACAAAACAAGAACAACUAUGAGUUGAAACCCGAAGUCUGUAUGGAGUUUCCCGUAAAUAAUUUGAAUGUAGAUUCUAAUGUAACGAAAAUGUUCAUCGACACACGAAAAAUCACUUGUCCCCGUUGUCUUAGAUUUAUUACGAAGAAAUCUAAGCUGUUCCGGCAAACAGAAUCUAGCAACGUGGGAUUGUGUCAUCAUUGUGUAGAUUUCGGCCGGUACAACUGUCCGUGUCAUGCGUGCAAAACCACAACAGAAAAAAGUACCACUUCUAAGUCGAGCCAAAACAAAGCAUAUUUAACUAAGCAAUGGUUAAAAAAGAUAAAAACAAUACUACGAGAUAUAGCAUUAAAUCAGCACAAUACAAUGAAACAGUUUGGAAGCGCACAAUUUUCUUUAGAUCGAUUCACAGAAGAUGCCAAAAGUGUUAAGUCUGCAAGAGAAACAAACAAACUAAGUAUUCUGUCUGAAUUGUUUUCUAGUGAUUCAUGUAACAAAAGUAUACGUCAUAAAGUUUCACUGUCAACCAAUUUUAGAUUGGAGAAAAGAAAGAAAAGAAAAUCAUUUUUAGAACAGAGCCGAACCUGUAUAAAAAACGCAAGCUAUCUAUCGAUUACUAGUCCUGUGCGUGAAUCUGCAAUUAAUUUCAAUGAAAAGGUUUCGUUUAAAACGGAUUUUAAAACAGCGGUUUCUUUAAGCAUAGAAACAUUAAAUACGGUUGAGUUAGAAAAACUCAACAAAUACAAUAGAUUUUCUGAACUUCAUUUUAAUACAAAGACCUCCAAAGCUGUAGAGACAAUUUACUCCAAAGCUCCUUCCGAUGAUCAUUAUAAAAGCCGUUUGAGAAAAGUGAAAAAUAAAAAUGUUCCAAAAGAAAGUCAAUCUGAGGACUUUCUUAAAAAUAAUAAUUUUGAGCAAGAAGCUCGCAAAGAAAGUGUUUCCUCUGUUAUAUCCCUAAAAGAGGCCUUUACUUUUAACUUUCCCCAAUCUCCCAUUUUAGUAAAUAAAAUUAAAUCAUAUAAAGAUUCUACGGAUUUAAUAAAAGAAGUACAAGAAAUGUUGCAAGUUAAAUCCAAAUUUAAUAAACUAACAAAUGAAGGAAAUCAUUUUCAGGGAGAAAUACAAGCUAAAGUUCAGAUCCUUAAAAAAAAGCGAGUAGAAAAAAAACCCUUGCCAAUUAGAACUCGUGAAACAAAGCACAAAAAUAGCCGAAUAGAAAGCGAGCGUCUAAACAUUAAUCAGGUAGAAAAUAAAACAAACGAAAUAACACAUAUUUCAAAAGAAAAAGCAAACAAAAAAAUUAAAAAUGGUCCAGCAGAUAACAUGCAAGAAGAGCCAAAUUUAAAAGAACAGGAUAAGGACUACAAAAGAAACGGAAAAAAUCAAAUAUGGAGAAAUAGCCCAAGUGGUGAUAAUAGCACGCUUAAAAAAAAGAAAAUUAAAGAUACCAAAGAAAAGGAUGACCUCUUAAAAAUAAGUAACGAUGAAAAAGACCGUUUAAAAAAAAAGAAAAAAGGAGAAACACAGCCUGAUGAAAAGGUAAAGCGAAAACAAUUAAGACUAGAAAAAUUAGAUGUUCUCCAGAAUGAACAUGAGAGUAAUACGCACGAAAAACAAAAAAGUUCGCUUGGCCGUGAAGAAGACGUUCAGAAUAUAUUUAAAGAAAAAUUAAAAGAGAAACUCAAUCAAGUUAAGGAUAAAAAGGUCCAAAGUAACCUCGAAGAAAAGACGGGUAAAAAUGUUGGAAAAAAUCUAAAUGAAAUUACCAGUGAAGAUAAAUUAAAGAAGCAGCUAAAAACAAACGAAAUUACUCAAUUGCCAAAUAAAGAUUUGAAAAAUAACGAAAUGAAUCCUAAUAAAAUAAAAGUACGCGCACCAUCAACGGAUGAUUUGAUUCUUCGUUUGGUAAAAUUGAAGCAAUCUUCAAAAAGUAUUCCAAAAAAACCUAGUCGAUUAUCAGACCUUAAUGUUUCGUCAUUUAUGGUUCAAAAUCACUUAGAACUUCACAAAAAUAACAAAACGUCUUCUUGUAUGAUAUGUAUUGAUUCAGAUUUAGAAUUGGACAUUGAAAAUAUUGUAUUGAACGCUAAAAAUAGAAAAACUAAUUAUGAUGUUGUGGUUGGACAGAAAAUAUUAAAAACCAAACCAAACGAAAAAAACGACGAGGGCUCUGUGCCUCUGUUAUUUCAGACAUAUUAUGAUGAGAAUAUGGCUUAUACGAAAUCUGGAGAUAGAUCAGAUAAAAAUUUAAAUAAUGAGAAUAAACUUAUUUCGAUGCCAAGCUCGAAGAUUCCAAAAGCAAUUGAUCAAGAAUCCACAAAAGGUAUAACGCGUUAUGCUUUAUCUGAUCGGUCUUUCAUUGAUAAAGGAUGGACGUUAUUACCUAUUGAAAAAGUGGUUCGCAAGAUGAACGUAUAUCGUAUGCGACCAGCUCAUCCUGAAUUUAACUGGUUUGAACGUAACAAGAAUAAAGGUAUAAAACAUUACGACUCUGGAGAAAAACUAGCAGAAUUCGAUGAUAAUGGACGUGGUCGUUGGUUUUACAGAAAUGGUCAACUUGCUCUUGAUUAUUACGACGCUGAAGAGAGUAAUGCGCAGCAGCGAUUUGUGGUAUAUAGCAGCGGCGAGAAAAAUGAAAAUGGUCGAUCACAUCCUACUACCGUUUUAGCAACGUUUGAUUAUUUGGGUAAUGGUAUAGUAUUUGAUCACAGUGGUAAAAUUCGACUCAAAUACAAUCAAACUGAAGGCGUUAUACUGGACACAAAAUUAGGACCAGUUUCUCAUUGGAAAUGGCACACUUUGAAUGAUCCGCCGGUUUUACAAAAAGUUAUGAUAGAUACGCAGCUAGCGCAAAAAGAUCCUGAAAUUUUGAAAAUUGGUGGACAUGCAGAUGAUAACACGCGCCCAGACAAUGAGGAAAUGCUCGCUAUUGAGUUCGACAACUUUAUAAAAGAGAAAAGUAAAAAGCUGUCCCAAUCUUUCAAACCAUUUCAAAUAAAAAUGAAAGCUUUGAAGAUCAAUGAUAACUUCUCAUUGAAGAUACUAGAUCAAGCCACAGUAUAUCUCAUUUUUAGAGAUGGUACUACCAACUUGAAAUUAAACAUUGGAAUGAUUUUAGACCACAAAGAAAUCGUUGAUACUGAUACCGCUGAGGUUGGAGAAGUUUCGAACAAUUUAGAACGGUUUCCAGCACGUACUCAAAGUCUUGCCGGACUUCAGCGAAGCGUUGCAUUUGCUCAGCGCUUCGAAAGAUUAAGAAUUGAACGACAACGUCGGCUACAUCCAGAUGAACCUUGCGCGAGUGCUGAUCAAAUUACUAAAGCUAUUUCACGGCCCCCGCGGCACAUAUUGCAAACUAUGUCAGCCAGCUCCUCCGCCUUCGUACCAUGUUGCAAAUGUAGUAGAAAACCAUCUUCGACUAACCUGUAUUAUAACACUCGUCUAGAUUAA